AUGUGGCAGCAAGCUGAUAUUGAACGCGUGAUUCGUGCAGACACUGCUGCUGAUGGGUCAUAUGGUGCAGCAGAGGUUGUUAGGGAUGUUGUGUAUGGGAAAGAAUACCCUAUUGGUCUGCGGAAGGACCUUCUUGUGUGGAUGACGAGUCCGCCUCCUGUGAAUCCUAAAGUUACCGUCGUGGAAAGGAAAAGAAAGAGACGGAAAUACAAGCAAGGACAUGAGGAAGAGGCCAAUGCAGAACGAACUCAGAGGAGUAACAGAAAAAAGACAAAGAAUCAGGAACUUCGUGUAGUUCCACCUUCUUUAACCCCUGCACGGGUUAAAAGAGCAAGAAGCAGGUUGAUACAAAGGCAAACACCGGUUGAAGGGGAUAAAAAUGUACAAAUGAAAACAAGGGAAACAAGCACCACUGGGAAAGGUGGCAGAACAAAAACAAAGGAUGUUAUCUCAAAAAAGAAAAGGACAAAAGGUAAGAAAGAAUCAAGUGAGGAUGAUUUAAGCACUAAGAGCAGUAGUGAGGAUGACGAAGCUGAUGACGAUGAUGAGGAGAAGGAUAGGAAUACGGAGGACGAUGAGGAUGAUGAAGAAACUGCAGUGAUGAUGGGAGUGAAGGAGAACCAGGAAAUAAUGAAUGGUAACGGGGGAAAUGAUGGUGAGGAAGAUAAAACGGUGGAAGAUGAUGGUGGGGAAGGCGGGGGUGAUGAUGACCGAAAUGAAAAGAAUGCAGAACCAGAUGUGGACUGCAAAAGCGAUUACCUCAACGACCUUGAUGACAAUGAGGGCUUGCCCCAGAUUUUUGAUCAUUAG